AGAUAUUCAAUUGCGAUGGACAAAAUAAAUUUGAAAAGUUCUGAGUCAUUUAAAUAUUAUAUAUUUUUAACCAUUUGGGGUCUACCACUUGUGCUUCAGAAACGCUUAUUUACUCGUUCUUAAUUAAUUAUAAAAAAUUUUUUCGACAAUUGCUACUUCAUGCGUGAUACAUAUUUCUUGAAAUAGUCAUGGCUGACACAGCAGCUAAAAGGGAAGCAAGAAGAAGACGAAUAUUGGAAAAUUCAGAGAGCCGUUUUCAGCGAAUUUCUGGCAAAAAAAAUCAUAAUACUUCUGAUGAAAAUGUAGUUUUAAAAACAUCAGUUGAUGAUCUUUAUGUCGACGACACCUGGCCAAAUACAUCCAAAAGUAAUAUUAAUAGCUUAUCGGUAAAUGAAGCUGUAAUCGAAAAGGAAUGUAGCAGUGCAUUCAUAGAUGAUGUAAAUUCUGAGAUAGAAAAUGAAAAUUACAAUGAUGAGCUAAUCUUCAAUGCAGAUGAUCAAGAUGUGCUUAGAUCAAGACCACGUGCGUCACACACACGCUAUUCAUCCCCUUACAAAAAUGAAAAUGCAAAUCUGCAAAAUUUAAUAUCACAACGAUUAGGUCCUGAAAAGCAAACUGACUCAAUUAAAGCAUCAACAUUAGAGUUCAACGGUAACAUAAAUUUUCCAAACAACUCUGUACCAGCAUCUUCUAACGCAUCAUCGGGGUAUCUGGCGUUAACAAGUCGUACAAUGUACAUAGUACUUGCAGCUAUAGUGAAUAUCCUCCUUGCUCUCAACUUAGAUCAUCUCUUUGGAACUGCUAUUGUAAUACCGUACAUCGUAGUGACUUUGGGACGUUUAUGCACAACUGAAAAAUUCCAUGAAAAUCAGGACGGUAGUUUACUAGUAGCUGCACUAAUUCUAUGCAACGUUAAACCCGACCUUAUAUACAGAGUGAAGGGCAUUUUGACAAUUUUUAGUAGAAUCCUAGAAGAUUUUGCCUUAUACAUCUUCAGCUUCGUAUUGAUACACUGCGCGAUAUCUCGGCACUGCAACGACCUGGACACGUUACUUCCAUCAACAGAGGCAUUGAAUGAAGUACAAGUAAACAACCAAAACAGCGACGCUUGGUAAUAGAAUACAACAGCUAUGUAUUUUAUGAAAAUAAUUUUGCUUAUUAAACAAUUAUUUAAAGCGGUGCCUGCAAGCUUAUCGACGUAUAAUACAAAGCAUAUAACUCGAUGCGCUUAUACACGUUUUUUAAAUAAAUAGAUUAUACCAUGCCCGAAGUAGAAACGAAAAGGGCAAAAAGGAAGCAAAAAGAAAUAUAGCCUUAACAUAUUUAAAAACUACGAAACGUCAUUUGUAUAACGAACGAAAUUGAUUUCCAGUAUAAUGGAAAAUAUUGCCAAAUUUGGGUUACAUUAAAAAUAUAUUUAUUUGCGUAAAAUCCAAUGAAGCUUCAUGAAAAUUAAAACACUGCUUGAGGCUGUGCAUUCCAUUUUAAUUGUUGAAUGUAACACGUUCACCGUUUCAUUCAUGUGUUACAUCCAUCAAUACACUGUAAUCACAAAUAUGCUGAUCUGCACAUCAGGACAUACGUAGGAAUACCAAAAAAUUGUAUCAGGUUACAGCCUACCGAGAAAUAGUAACAAUUCUUUUUGCACGUACAACUAUUGUGCAUACCUGAUUAUUAUCGACGGUUAUUUAUAAGAGUGUGUUUGUUUUUCUAUUUACUCUGAAUAAUCAAUCAAUAUCAAUUUCUCUUGUCUGUUGCUUGUCCUAUUUUACAUGCCGUAUGUGCCAUGCCAUAAGACAACUAACGAUGGCGAAAUUUGUAAGGUGUUAAGGGCUUAUCUAUCGAUAGAACAUAAAUAUCUUAAGAACGUUUAUGCAUUUUCUUGAAUCAACUAUAAUCAUUUAAUAAUCGGAUAAAAUCUAUGUUUUUUACAGCUAAAGUAGUUAGAGGUUGAUGUGAUUUUUAUUUUUUAUUAUUCUUACGUUUCAUAAAGAUAACUCUUAUAUAUAAACAAAUGCCUGGUCAAUUUAGUUUUGAAUUGCAUUGCUCAUAGUAAAGUGUAAAUUACAUGCAUUUAAGAAGAAGCUGAUUUGGCUUGUAACCAAAAUGAUAGUAAGAAAUCAAAGUAGAACUGUAAAAUGUCCUUCGACAAGAAUAAAUGUAUUUUUCCAUAAAGAA